AUGUUCGCGGAUUCCGAUCGCCCGAAGGGUUCCUCUUCGAGGCUCGACGCUGCCCAAUCGAACCCUAAGCCCCUCGAUCUCGAAAUCUCCAGCCCGAAAUCCAGUCUUUUCGGUGGCGACGGCGGCGGCGAGAAGCCCGGUGCCUCCUCCUCCGCCGCCCCCCAGGAGCUGACGCUGAGCUACCUUUGCGAGAACCCCAAGCCGGGGCUCCAGGAAAAGGAGGGACCUGGGAGCGAUCUCUUCGUCGCGCUGGAGAAAGCCCGAGCCAAAGGGAAGGAGAUCGCCUUGGACCCACCGGACGACGACGGAAAGCGGUGGGUUGAGAGGGAUUUCCUCCAGCUUGGUGGCGUCAAGGCGCCGGUGAAGCGAGAGGGGCCGGAGGGUUUCGAGGUAGAGGGACGGGAAAAGAAGCUCAAGAUUGGGACCCUGAACCUUUCCCUCGGGCCGCCCAACCUCUCGCUUUCGCUCAAUUCGGCGAAUCCGGCUGCUCCGCAGGCGACUGUCCCCGCUCCUGCUGCUCCCAGUUCGGCAACCCCGCCGCCGCCGCCGGCUGCUCCGGCGAAGAGGAGCUUUAGCAACAACACCCGCGCCACCAAUUCCGACGACUAUGGCGCCUCGCUCUCCUACUCGUGCUCGGUGGCCUUCUCGCACAACCCCAGCUGCUCCCUCACCAGGAAUUCCACCGAGAACUUCGAUAUGUCGCGGGAGAACGAUACGAUGUGGUACGCUGGGGAGGGGACGAACGGGUCAGUCCACAGUCGAUUCAAGCCCGUGGGUGAUAGCAUCACUUUCUCGAACCUCGGCGGCUUCCCUCACAUGCAGGGAGAGAACAAGGACCGGGCAAACUGCUCGGAGAACAUCUCCUUCUUCCCUGUCGAGUUGCCUGCAAGGCCAGCGAAAGCUAAUGCUGGUGCAACCUCGGAUGCUGGAAAGGAGAGAAUGAUGCUUACGAGGCUGGACAGGGUAUUGAAAGAGAUGGUGUCAGAGUCAGUCCCUUACAUGGCGCAGAUGCUUCAAGAUUUUCCCACCGAGUCGCUUGAAGCUGUGAAGGAGUGUCUGAGGAAUCUGAUGAGCACCCCGGAGAAGAGGGAUGAGUUUGCUAGCCUCCAGAGAAGGCUCGAGAGGAGAUCGGACCUUACAUCUGAGACCCUCUCCAAGUGUCACAAGACACAGCUCGAAGUUCUGGUCGCGAUCAAGACUGGUAUCGUGAAUUAUGUGUCUGGAAGGUGCCUCAUUCCUUCAAAGGAGCUGGUCGAGAUAUUCUUGCAGCUGAGGUGCCCAAAUGUUAACUGCAAGAGCUUAGUGCCUGUCGAUGAUUGUGACUGCAAGUUUUGCUCGGGCAAGAAGGGAUUUUGUAGUGCUUGCAUGUGUCCCGUCUGUCUGAAGUUUGAUUGUGCUGCAAAUACAUGCAGUUGGGUCGGGUGUGAUGUUUGCUCCCAUUGGUGCCAUGCUGCGUGUGGGAUUGACAAGAACCUGAUUAGGCCUGGGCCGUCCUUGAAGGGUCCAAUGGGUAUGACAGAGAUGCAGUUCCGUUGCCCUGGGUGUGGGCAUGUUUCUGAGAUGUUUGGAUUUGUGAAAGAAGUUUUUAACUGCUUUGCGAAGGAUUGGGGUCUUGAGACCUUGUUGAAGGAGCUGGACUGUGUUAGGAAGAUCUUCCAUGAUAGUGAGGAUUUUGAGGGGAAGGGGCUGCAUGCAAAGGCAGAAGAGAUUCUCAACAUGCUCGCAAAGAAGCUUAUUUCACCCAUGGAUGCGUGUAACAACAUGCUGCAGUUUUUCAAGUAUGGAGUUACAGAGUUCUCUGUUACUGGAAGCUCCUCCAAUAACAUACUUGGAACUCAAGCAAACCAGCAUGCAGACACACUUCCUCUUCCAUCAUCAACAGCUGUUGCCCCUCCAAAAUCUAUACUUAGCUUCAAACCAACCAGCUCUAUGCUAGAAACCAAAAUGGAUUCUCUCAAAACAGAUCCAAAACCGCUUGCGGUUGAAGCUCAUUUCACCCCAGGGAAAGGGGAUGGCUUUCAGAGCUUGGAGACUAUUGUGAAGUUCAAAGAGGCAGAGGCAAAGCUCUUCCAGAGGCUUGCAGAUGAAGCCAGGAGGGAAAUGGAGGGCUACCGCCAGAUUGCCCGUGCCAAGUCUGAGAAGCUGGAGGAGGAGUAUGCAACCAAGCUCGCUAAGCUUUGUCUUCAGGAGAGUCGGGAGCGCCGGACGAGGAAGCUCGAGGAGCUCAAAUUCCUCGAGAACUCUCACUGUGACUACCAUAAGAUGAAGAUGAGGAUGCAAGCUGAGAUAGCCAGCUUGCUGGAAAGAAUGGAAGCAACAAAGAAAAUGUGGGUAUAAUAAAUAUGAUAAGUUCUCUUUGCUUUCAAAAUGCUUGAUGUGUAUACUAUCAGAUGAUUUAAGCUCCCAAAAGUAAGGUUAGUCUAUGACAGCUGUAUAAGUAUUAAGUUUCUCUUUUUGAUGGUUGUUGAGGUGGUUUAAUAGCAUUUCACGAACCGUAUCUGUUUCCUGACAUAUCUGUCAAAUUAUUCAACUCUGUGGGUAAUCUGCCUAUUGGAGAAGCGGCUGCCAAGGUCUAGUCAUAACAUUUCUUUUAUGUUUUUGAUUGGUGGAAUGUGAAGCAUGUAAUGGUACAAUUAUGGAAGUGUUUGUAAGUUAUUUUACCAAAACAAGAGAAAAGGUUAUGGUAUACAGUCUAUCAAACACUUGGGUUAUCAUAUUUUUCUGU